UUUCUCAAAUGUUUUACAUUUCUAAAACCAUUGAUAAUUCAUUGAAUUUUGUCACAGCUGCUUUGUCUUAAUAUACUGGCAGCACAAUUCAGUCCCAUAAAUGUGAAAUAUUGAUGUUAAUGUAUAGUAGCUAAAGUAUGAUGUGUAUUGACUCUCUUCACUAAAUUAUUCAUUGAUGGUCUUUGUUAAAAAUGGCCGCAGGCAUGCAUGCUUUGCUUUUGCAGCAAUUGCCUACGGUAUGUCUUAUGGUGGGAUGCUCUGUCUUUCUGUCAUUGCAACAUGCAGGGACAAUAUAAUGUGUAAAUGGUGUCUGUGCUCUGCGCUGCAUGUAGAUGCUGAUUGUGUGAACGGAUGAACAUGCGUGUGUGUGUGUGAAUGCUUGUGUGUGUAAGCUAGGAGGGAGGCUCAGGCAGAUGUGUGAUGGCUAGUGCUGUUUGAGAGCAGCUGGGCAGGGCGAAUAGACAAGCAAUAACACAAUGACAUCACCGAGAGAGAGAGAGAGAGAGAGAGAGGGGGAGCAUGUGAGCGAGCCAGAGAAAGGGAGAAGGCUGGAGCAGGCCAGCUCAGAUGCAGAGAGGCUGGAGAGUGAAAUGAGCCUGUGUGAGUGGGAGAGGACCAUACAGCACUCACUCAACAGGGGAUACAGCUAUUUCCGGAAGAUUUAGCAGAUUUUGUCCCACUCUUCCAUUGCACCUCCCCCCCUCCCCCUUUCCCCUUCCCCUCAUCCUCUGUCAGCCCCUCUCAGCCUCUGCUUCAGGCUGCUCCUCCGGGCAUGCUACUUAAGCCAAAGUAUGGCCGCUUUCGCAACGACUCUGUGACCUCCUCCGACGACCUGAUGCAGAGCUUAGCUAUGAGCGGCAAAGUGGUUGCCACCCCGGUGGUCCUCUCCUCCGCCCCCAGCCUGCCGCUGCCCCCCCUGCCUCCUCUGGAGUCCAUCCCCCGGUCCUCCUCCGCAGCCCCUGCUCUGGCCGACUCCCCCUGCCUGGACGGGGAGCAGGACGCCACCACCACUUUCUGCAUGCUCAUCCCCAGGAUGCCUCAGUGGAAGUUCUCUAACUCGCUGCUCAGCAGGAGCCCCUCCAACUCCAGCUCCAGCAAGGACUCGGGCAAGGCUGCAGCCCCCUCAUCGCAGGGCUCGCACAGCCCCAGUGGAACUUCUGCCCCCAACGGUCCCGUGGCCAGUCUGGCUUCUGUUUUGAACUCCUGUGACCCUGUGUGUGUCAACCCCUGUUCCCUACAGGCCAUCAGCAGGCACAGAUCUGCAGCGGGCUCAGCCAGUCCAGGCGGCCACAGCGUAGGGGCUACAGAGUGCACAGGGAGCCCCGGGGGCCACAGCGGAUCCAGGACGGGGAUGAACCGCAGGACAAGGGUGGAGGGCAUGUGGCUGGGAGGGGAGGACUUCAACCAGAAGGGCAGCUUCAUCCACAAGCCCUCCCAGGGCUGGCUGCACCCAGACAAGAAGAUCACAGGCCCUGGGGCUUCCUACAUAGUCAGGUACAUGGGCUGCAUUGAGGUGUUGAAGUCGAUGCGAUCGCUGGACUUCAACACUCGGACCCAGGUGACGAGGGAGGCCAUCAACAGACUGUGUGAAGCUGUGCCUGGGGGUAAAGGGGCCUGGAGGAGGAAGAACAUUAACAAGGCCCUGCAGUCCGUCAUGGGGAAGAGUAACCUUCGCUUCGCUGGUAUGAGCAUCGCUGUCAACAUCUCUAUAGAGGGUCUCAGCUUGCUCAUUCCCACCACACGACAGGUGAUAGCACACCAUCCCAUGCAGUCCAUCUCCUUUGCCUCUGGGGGAGACACGGACACGCCCGAUUAUGUUGCUUAUGUGGCCAAAGAUCCAGUCAAUCAGAGAGCAUGCCAUAUCCUGGAGUGUUGUGACGGUUUAGCUCAGAAUGUCAUCAGCACCAUCGGGCAGGCCUUCGAACUGCAGUUUAAACAGUACCUCCACAGCCCUCCCAAAGCCAUCCCCACUGUGGAAAGGAACAUCAGGACAGAAGACUCGGCGUGGGGAGAUGACGAGGACUCGUUGGAGCACGACUACUACAACAGCAUCCCUGGGAAGGUGCCUCCUUUUGGGGGAGUGGUGGACUCAAGGCUGAAGCCUUGUACGGCCUUGCUGGGCCACAUCCACAGCCAACCAGAGAGCAGGGCAGUGCAGAUGGGUUCUCCAUCCAGGAGAGAGACAGCUUCCUGCCCUUCAGGUCAGCUGUGCUACGAGCUUCACUGGGAUACUGAAAACAACGGCAGCUCAGGUCUGACAUCAGAUGGUUACCAGCGGGCAGACGGCCAGACUCCGGGGAGCAGGGACUAUGAGGAGCACCUAUAUGUGAACACCCAGAGUCUGGAGGGAUUGGAGCAGGGAGCAGAGGGCCACAGGGGGGCCAGGGGGCCAGACAGCCCCAUGAAAGACAUCUUUGACAUGAGACCCUUUGAGGAUGCUCUAAAGAUGCACGAGGCUGGUGGUGUCAGUGGUAACGGUGGGGUGUGUGUUUUGAAGAACCAGUGGCCCAGCCCGCCCCGACGUCGUGCCCCUGUCGCACCUACAGAGGAGCAGCUCCGGCGGGAGGCCUGGUACCACGGUCGUAUGAGCCGCCGUGAUGCUGAGAAACUGCUGGUCCGAGACGGGGACUUCCUGGUACGAGACAGUGCCACCAACCCAGGCCAGUAUGUCCUGACAGGCAUGCACUGUGGUCUGCCCAAACACCUGCUACUGGUGGACCCAGAGGGAGUGCCCACUCCUCCUCGUCACUGUCAGGUACGCACCAAAGACAUGCUGUUUGAGAGCAUUAGUCACCUGAUCAGCUACCACCUGAAGAACGAGCUGCCCAUCGUGGCGGCCGAGAGCGAGCUGCACCUUAAACAGGUGGUCCGGAGGAAACAGUGACCCAGCCAGCCACAGAGGGGAUGACUUUCUGGAAUGGAGUCAGAGGUGUGUCCAUGUAAGCCCAAGGGAGGAAGAUCUUCACUGCCAUAACCAUAUCCCCAGAAUCAGAGCUUUCACUGGGGUAGAAGGACACAGGCGACUCCCUCUGCCCAGGAAACAGGAGCAUUGCUACAGUACUUGGCUUCCUCCCGCAGUGCCCACAACUGUCCACCAUUUCUGCCUGAACUCUCAGCAUGCAGUCAUUAAGCUAACAAACACCUGGAUGCCUCAGAACGGGAGGUAACAGACCAGACAAUCACAAGGAUGGAAUUCUAGGUCAGAGGUCACAGAUGGUCCGAGGUCAGAUGACAUCAUCACAGUGACAAACAGUAGUUGUUCCAUAGGAAAUCAUUAUUUUCGAGUGCAUGAUGAUGUUGCAGCUCAUACUGAAUUUCAAACUGCUGUAGUCAUGCACAGUCCCAGAAUGAUUUGGGUUCCCUGUGUCUUUCACUGAACAAAUGUGAACAUUCAUAGACAAAAACAUUGUAAAUGAUAUGUAAGAAAAUCCUGGCAGAAAAAUAUCACUCAAUUGUUUCAUCAGAAAGCAGUUCUUUGCUCCUCAGACAUUGGGAUGCUUUAAUGGACUUUUAUAUACUGUUCAUCUGCAGCAGUAGCAACUGCACCUUCAUGAGAUUUAUUCAUAUGUAGUCUCAGGACCAAAUUCUGCAGGCUUUAAAUAUCUGAUAGCAUAUGCUUUAGAGAUACAGUACUAACCAGACACAAACCUAAAACAUGUGUCUGUCCCUCUGUCCUCUCAAUAUCCACAAGACUACAUAACACAAAAUACAUGGGCAGAACUCUGAAUAUCAAUGUGAUUGUUCAAUUAUAAUAACCACACACUUGUCAAAGUGUUUGUAUCGGACAGUCGGCUUGUCAUUGAAUACCUACCCGAGUUGUGUAUUAUCAAGCCUACUGUAUGAAGAGAGCACUGGUCAGAGCCUGUACUCUCAGAAGGCAGACUACAGUACUACAAAUGACUCAGUGUAUAUAUAAUGAACAUCUCCUCAGUUCAGUGCCUUAAUUGUCCAUGUGUUUCAUAUCUUUCCUCUCAAAUCGCUUGUACAGUGUCAUACAUUCUACAUCUACCACCGAAGAAAUACAGUAGUGUGGUAUGUAUGUAUGUAUGCAUGUAUGCAUGCCCUGAGAGCAAAUUACACAUUUUCUUGCCAUGCCAAACCAUAGUUUAAUCAAUGAAAAGAGUGGACUGAAAGAAAUCACACAUUUUUAUUGUGAAACUUUCUAUAAGCUGCUGAUUAAUGGGGGGAUACUGUAUACUGUAGCACCUCCCACAGUGUGUUCUGAUUGGUUGUCCUAUUAUGUGCUUCCUGUUCUAUUGUAUGAAUCCUCCAAUCAAUAAUCUUUGCAGGCAUCGGCCCUAACUGAUUUGAUCAGGAUUCUGUGUUAAUGGCAAAAUGUUUGAUCAAUCGAUAGGGGAUCCUUUGGUCUCUGCUGUAUCUUUGUCUCAAAGGGGAAAGAUAGAGGACAUUGCUUUCUGUGAUGUUAGUAUACUUUAUGCAACUUUUCUAAAAGGACCCAUUUGCUUCCUCAGGGCUUUCUGGUAUCUACUCUUCUUUAAACUAAAUGCAUUUUUGCAAUAAAAUAU